AUGUGCGUGGAUGAUGACGAAAGCAACUUCCUUGAUAUGUGGGUGAAGCCGGAACUGCUUGACGCGCUGAGGGACGUUGAGGAGGCCAAAGGCGCGGAUUUUGGUAUUCAUGCGGCACCGAAAUUUGUUGACCCACAGAUCCGAGUUCAUGGACGCGACAUUAGCAUUCCUUUGUCGCAGGAAGAUGGCGACUACUGUAUGAGAAGAGGAAGAUUCGACCCGUCUAUCGUUCGUGAUGAUCUGCGAACAGCGCAAAGAACGUACACAUUGUGGCCGGGGGAGGAUUUCGCCAUACAAAGUGUGCAAUGGGAGUCAUACAUGGAGCAGGUCAAGCGUAAAGUGGCGAAGGACAUGAAACUGGAUAAAAACAAUCCCGGGUUUUAUUUGGCCCUGGACGGCAUGGUUUUGUCUGAGGGAGGCGGGAUCUAUAAAAUGGAGGACAAACGAAGCACGCACCCCGAUUGUCUGGGGACUCUGCUCGUCCAUUUACCCUCGACAUAUUCAGGUGGCUCCAUUCAACUCUGCAAGGAAGGGCGCCAACUCAACUUCCUUGACACUUGGAAGAGGACGAAUCAGUUCCUUUGGUGGUCGUCUAACGUAGAGGUCCUGCAUUUUCCCAUCAAAUCCGGAAUGCGAUGGGCCUUAUCUUACAGGUUAAUGCGCGACAACUCUAACGGUAUACUGCCAGUGCUGGUACCGGAUACUUCCAACAUACAACGUAUCCUUGACGAAUACAACCACGAAAGGGAGGACCUGGAAGACGUCGAAGUCACACCUGGAGUUAUCAUCCUCCGCUUGUCACAUGAGUACGCUCAGGCCAAUCUGCGGCUUCCCUCUCUAAAAGGAGGAGAUUUGAAAAAGGUUGUUGCUUUACAUCAUGCCUGUGCCAAACGCAAAUGCUACCUCUUUCUGGCCUUCAUGGAACUGAAGCGUGUCGGGCGGACCAUGAAUACGGAAGAUGUGCCGUUUCUGACUCACCCGUUGAAUCACAUUGAGAAGGAGGAGAUACAUCUUACUGACAUCUGCGAUGUGGAAGGAAACCCGCUACGGCAGAGAAGAUGGGUGGACAAGACAGAGUUGGUUGAAUGGGACAAGACAAAGGUGCUUAAAUAUGUACUCUUCGAUGGGCUCGAUCCUGACCAAGAAGACUGGAUGGGUAGCCCUGAACAAGGGGCCACAACCCAGUUUGACGGUAUUGGGAGCGUCAUUGGGGAGGUUGACACCAGGAAGAUAACCCAUUGGUAUCGAAGGCCCGUAUCCGUCAUUGUGGCGGAAGCAGAACUCAUGGAGUUCCUCGGUCUAGACGGAAACUUGGAUGUGUCCAAUCCUCCCCUGCGGGCGUGCCGCCAUGUGGUUAGAACGAUCAUGCGUGGUACUGCCCCCGAGAUCUAUCGCAAGGGUCUGGAAAAGUUUUGUAAACGGGUGAUAACGCAUAACAAAUCAUGCAUAGCUACAACCGCACCGAAGGAGAACACCAUCUUUGACAGCAGCCUUCUUCAAGAUCUUGUUCUUGCUGCAGGUGUAUUGGAAAACAAAGAGUUAUGUGUGAGUGUCCUGGACGCUUUCCCUGUUUGGGAUGACGCUAGCCUCACCCUCGUUGGCAACAUGAUUGCGCAGUACAGUACUGGCCCUUUCUUGGACACGCUCGAGAAGCAUUUUGCUAGGGAACACGACCUAGGUGCCCUCACACGCCGGUUCACAAUCCUUCUGACUCAGGAUAUAACGGCGUGUCUGGAAGGGGAUGAGUUGAUAGAGGUCGGGAGGCGCCCUGGCCUUGUAUAUUGGAUGACAGAUGUUCUUGGCCGACGGCUUCAACAGUUGAUAAAAUCUAGGACGGCACUCGAGUAUGGCCAUGUCGAUGCCGUGGACUUGUUUUACCGCUUCGUCGACAAAGAGGACACCGCUGAUCUGUGGCGUAAAAGAAUACUUAAACUUCUGAAUCAGAACGUGUCCAAGACGUUGCUUGUCGCAUGUAUCAUCGAUCGGCUAUAUUCAACCCUUCGGUACAGUCAUGGCAAUCAUAUCGAGGUUGCGUCCGACUGGUUCAAGGGGCUCAUCAUUUCCAUGGCAGAAGGGGUCAAUCCAUUAAACGGUUUCCGAGACCUAGCCCAACGCAUAGCCGACGAGAGAUAUUUUCGUCCAGGAAAGCAAUACGGAGAUUUCUUGAUCCUAUGCCGCCAGAUGGGCCUUUCGACACCAUACCAGAAGUUCCUCUUCGCCUUGGAAGGACUGGCUAUGUCGGCGGAUCCCGUGGAUCUCAAGGCCUUCUAUGUUCCGUGCAUGUUUUCGCUAACGGAUGGCGAUAUAAAUCCCAGAGCCUUCGAGAAAGACGAAUACCGGGAUGUAUUCUGCAGUGUCUUGCGUUCGUUUGUGCGGAUAUGCGUAGGAAACAAACCGCAUGACGACCCGGACUUCUGGCAGCGCGACACGUUACCAUGUAACUGUAAACUCUGCGUUAGAUUGAGCAAGUUUUUGCGCCACCGGGAAAGACAGACUAGAAAGUUUCUUGGCGUUUCACCAGCGUCUUUGAACCAUUUUGUCCUUGUGGCAGCGGGGGUUGAGGGAAUUUCCUACAACAUACAUCGCAGGAACAGGGAAUGUACGCUAGAGAUCACGAAGAAAGAGUUGCCAGGACAAUCUCUGCUCGCGAGCUGGCAAAGCAGAAAGCAGAGCGCGAGGUCAGAGCUGUACAGGAACUUCGACAACGAUACGUUGGAGGACCUGCUGGGCGAUUCUUACGAGGACAUUGUCAAAAUGCGCAUGCUCGAGACCCCUCCCGAGGAAGGCAUCAAGACUCGCUCUACACCUGCCCUAUCGGCGUCGUCGGAACCUUCGGGAAGUGUGGCGCGUUCGUUAUUUGGUUCCACAGCUCGGAAGCGAAAGGCUUCUGAGGUGGGACUUGACGAUCUUGAGUGA